AUGCCUCCAAAACGUCCGAGAAAAACUGCUUCUGCUGGGAAAGCAAAAUCAUCCACCCCUCCCAAGCGAAGAAGAGCGAAGAGAUCGAUGACACUGGAGAAUGAGGAAACUAUCGAAGAAUCCUCGGGGGUUGGUGAUUCGCGAACCGAAAACAAUACAAAUCUUAGUGAUCUAACUGGUAGUGAUUUGAUUUCUGGUGGUACACGAAAGGGAGCAACAGAGAGAAGAGUUAAAAGAACUGCACUGGUUGCCAAAAAACAAAAUUCAAAACUGGAAUCAAUACCCACAAGUCAGGACAAACAACUAGGGGAAGAUAAUAAUAACAAUAAUAACAAUAAGCACUCCGAGUCUAAUAGGGAAUCUAGUGCUCCGAAUCAGCAGAAAUAUGAUUCGCCACUUGAUCUGCUUAUUGCCUCGUCAUUGAUCGCCGGUGAUAAGAGCAAUUCAGGGUUGGUUGAAAAGUUGAUCUCUGAUCUCAAUGGAAGCAAAAAUGGUUUGUUUGAUAAUUAUAAAAAGACAAUGGAACAAAAAACCGAAGUUUCAGAUAAUUUGAUCAGCUUGCUCACCGAAAAAAUCAAAACUUUGGAAAGUCAACCAACUGAGAAAAUCAACCAUCAUGAUGAGGAAAAAGCCUCCCAGCAUCUAGCUGACCAACAAAAAAUUGCAGAGCUCACAAAGGAAGUGGAAGAUUUGAAACAAAAGUUGAAACAGGUCACCGGUCUCAAUGACGAAUCGAUGUCCAAUGCCAUUAUUUUGAACGAGAAAAUAACAGAAUAUCAACGAACGGUUGAGAAACACGAAAUUAUAACAGACAUCUUGGAAAGUAUAUGUGGACUUCGUGUGGAUGAUGUUGAUGACUCUGACAGCAAUAAUCUAACAUUUAACUGUGUUCAAGGUGGCGUGAAUGGUGAGAUCAGUUAUCAAUUGAUUUUGAGUCGAACUGUGGUAGGGGAUACCCCAGCAGAUCUGAACAUCACCGUAGAUGAGACGGUAGAAAUGGUUUACAAUCCAGUGGUUGAAAAUGAUGACGAUGCUAAGAAACUUAAAAGGGUGUUGCCAGACUAUUUCUUUGAGAGUUUGACUUUCCCGGUAGAGACCUUGCCGCAAUUUUAUCAAAAGUUGUCCCGUGCGUUGAACAAAGAAUCGAAAUGA